UUUUAGAACUUUAAAUUGCUUCUUAAUCAAUAGCAAUGAAUGCAGGUUAAGAAAGUUUAUUUGGAUUUACAAAGUAGUGUUGUAUACCCAGCACUCUCAGUCCCUCCAGUCCUCCUCAGUGGCAUCCAGUGAACUGGAAUAGGUCUUUUCUUUUAUCCCAUGUCUAUUAGCUGGGCAACUAUAGAAGUGAAGGGAGAAGAAAUGAUGAAUCUGAGAUUACACAAAUUCUAGUAUAGCUGGCAGUAUCCACACAAAUGAAUAAGACUUAACAAAUGCUAUUGUACUGUGGGGCAGGAAUAAAUAUAUAAGCUUUUGCAGGAAGCAUGAUCUGGACGUACUGACCAGAGUACACAAUCAUCUGAUUGGUACAAGCUGAUCGUGGCAAUCCAUACACAAAUGUGGAAAAGGAGGAAGAGAGAGAUCUAGUUAAUAAGUAAUUCCUAGUCAUAAUGCAGAUCUGAACAAGCAAUACAGUUUCCCAACAGUAAAGACUGUAUCUCAGCUUAAACACCAUCCAGCAUAAGUAUGUUGUUUCUUCCUCUCACAAGAAGGAUAUGAAGAAUAAGAAGAGUUCUGCUUCACAAGAAGCAGAAGCAUGUCCUUCCAGGUGUCCAGAUAACAGUGCAUUCAAACAACAGAAGCUACCAGCAUGGAAGCCUCGACUUACCACGGCAUCUGUGCUCUCCACUUUCUUUCUCACGGGAGCGUUUUGCCUUUCUGUGGGAGUCUCCCUCAUAGUAGCUGCAAACAGCGUCAGAGAAAUCCAGGUUGAUUAUACAGAUAAAUGCUCAAAUUGUUCAAAACUUCGUGAAAAUUCCUCUAAUUGGAACAGUGAAUGCCUCUGUUCUAUUAAUUUCACACUAGCAGAACAUAUGCUGGGUGAUGUCUUUAUGUACUAUGGCCUGCAAAACUUCUAUCAAAAUCACCGUCGAUACGUGCUAUCAAGAAGUGAUGAACAAUUGUUGGGUCGAAAUGUAGAUGUUCAGAACUCGUACUGUGCGCCCUUCGCUGCUUACCAAAAUGGAACACCAAUGGCUCCGUGCGGUGCUAUUGCCAACAGCUUGUUCAAUGAUACUAUUGAUCUUUUUUACAAUUUUGACUCAUCUGUUAUUCAAGUACCACUGCUGAGGACCGGAAACAGUUGGUGGACAGAUAAACACGUGAAAUUUCGCAAUCCAGAAUCGCACAAUCUCUCUGCUGCAUUUGCAGGAACAGCAAGACCUCCUUACUGGCAUAAACCAGUGUAUUUGUUAGAUGAGGAAGAUGAAAGUAAUAAUGGAUAUAUAAAUGAAGACUUCAUUAUCUGGAUGCGAGUAUCAGCCUUUGCUACAUUCAAAAAUCUUUAUCGUCGUAUCAGCCGGAAAGGGCAGUUUACUGAUGGCCUCCCAGCAGGGAAUUAUACUUUCCAUAUUUCCUACAACUUCCCUGUUACCAAAUUCAAGGGGAAGAAAUACGUGAUUCUUUCAACCAUGGUAUGGAGUGGAGGGAGUAACCCAUUCCUGGGAAUUGCCUAUUUGGUUUGUGGUGCAGCAGCAACCCUGACAGGUUUUAUCAUAACUGCCAUCCACUUAAAGCUGAGAAAAAAGAAAACGUAUUUUCAGAGACGCUGAUGUUCUCUGGAUUGCUCAGUGAAAGCAAAUGUGUGCUGUGAAUGAAGAAUGGGCAGCAUCUUUCAUUCUUUCCCCAAUGCUCUGGAUUUGCUUUAUUAACAGGUUUGGUGAAUGUAAGCAAAUUGAGGGACAGAGCUUAUUCAUCAUCCAAACCCAAACUUAAGUGAGGCUGCAUUAUUAUUAAUGCAUUUAUGCUCCUAAAUUUGUUUCUUAGGAAACUUAUAUUGAGAUGAGUUUCAAAAAACAGAUAGCACAGUGGUUUGGAAUUGCAAGGACAGCAAAACUAUGUGGUACUACUGUUUAUCCAGAAGUCAGGGUCUAUACUCAUUUCUUACUUAGCCCUUUGUUGCUACUGUAUUUCUAUUGACUAAAAUGCAGCUUUGGGUCAGUAAAAAGUGAGAUCUUGGUCCAACAAAGAGCUUGAGCUGGUAGAACCUAAUGCUUAAGCCCCCUUAUUGACCACUUGCAUGGGCUGAUUGGCUUGGCACAGGCGGUACGAAGCUUUUUCCACUAUCCUGGAAAAGCAGACCAUUCAUUUGUGUAUUAGUGUAGGAUAAUCAUCCCAGUUCAGUACUUACAAUAGAAUACAGAUCGUGUUUUAAAAACACGGAGUGUGUUUAAACCCUUUGUUGUGUUGGUUUUAUAUGAGUACCAAGGCUAGCCCACAGAGCUAGAUAGAGGAUGUGAAAACAUCAAUUUAUAUUAAAAAAAAAAAAAAGUGGUUUACUAGCUUAAAGUAAAGACUCCUUCAGUGCUAACCAUUUCAGCAGAACCGUGUAGCUAAUGCAGCCUGCCUACUGAAGCCUUCUGUGCAAGACGCUGACUCUCAGUGACAUGAAAUGUCUGUUCCCCACUCAAGUCCCCAUUUCUGUGGUGCAGAAGCUCAAAGUCAGUAGUAAACAUAAACCAUCAGAAAAUCUGACAACUUCAUUUUCAGGAAAUCAAUGCUGUAGCUGGUGAAUAGACCAUUUUUGUUUUCCAUGUUCAAAAUUUCAGGUACUUUGAAGCAAUUUCCAGAAUGCAGGAAUGACGCAGAAGAAUUUAGGUCAAGAAUAGCAUACCACCUAUGAGUUCUUAAAAACAAUUUUUCCCUGGCAUAAGUGGAAAUAGAAUAAAACACUCUUAAUGAAUUUCUUUGAUAAGUACUGUGUGCCUUACCCUCUUCUCCACCAAAAAGCCCACGCCACUGAGAUAAGGAAAAAAACAAAGACUAGAGCAAGAGUGUGGCAUAGGGAAGCUGUGUGAUUCUGUCAAGUCUGGUUUGCUGUUAAAGAUGCCUCUGUCUGUCUUUAAAAAUGUGUGCAGCUCUUAGGACAUGGAACUUAGGCAGAUAGACUCUGGUGAAUCAGAAUGCACUGUUUCUUUCAAUGUCUGCUUCUUAAUUGUGCCAUGAGCACCAGAAAACCAUGCUGCCCUGGUUCAUAGCCUGGCCUGUCAUUACAAGCUUGCUCCACCAAUGUCUUAUGCUGAUUUUCUGGGUUAACACACAUCUUGUUCUGUUCAUCCUGGUCGGGUCCAGUCCCCUUCAUCAGAAAGCUGUGAAAACAGAGUUCCAGGAUUUCAAACCACUGCAUCUAAUCCUGCCAGGGGCUUGGGAGAGCCCUAUCCCUGACUGGACUGGACAAGACAGGGCACAAAAGCAGUACGUUUAGCAAUGCUUAAGCUCAUUAUUCUAAAUCACUUUUAACAAUGAGACAUGCUCCUGAACCUUCUUAGUUGCUUUUGAAAAUUUAAUCCCAUACAGCCCUCUGGAAGGCUCUGUUGGUGUUGCUGACAAAGCUGAAUCAGGACUUAUAGCUCCAAACAGACCACAGGACUCUGUUUUUUCUUUUUUUCUUUUUAAUGCUUUUUUCCCCCCCUUUUCUCUCUCUGUGUUCUGUUGUUUGUUUGUUUUUUUUCUCCCUUUCCUUGUUUCUGUUUUUUUAAUCCUCUGAGAAACGAUAUAUCAUCUGGGUGCUUAAGCCACAGCACAAUUGCCAUUGGUUCUAUUUCUUUAUGGAGUAUCUGGUAAAAAUGUGACUAAACUGAGACUGAAUAAUGAGGUAUGCAUUCCAGUGAUUGAGUGUCUACAAUAAAGAAAAAAGUAUUUAGAAAA